AUGGUAAGAACCGAGGCCAUAUACCCCGUCAGUACCCAUCUCACAGUGGUGGCUGCAUCUAGUGACUCUCGUCGUAAGUAUUCUACCGGUAGUGCAGCUGCUUCAAAUUUUCAAACCGUAUACGGUCUUGUGCAGUGCACCCCUGAUUUGUCUGAGACAGACUACAAUAGAUGCUUGGAUGGGUGUAUCUCAGAAAUCUCAUCGUGUUGUCAGGGCAGGAUGGGUGCUAGAGUUCUUAGACCAAGCUGUAAUAUUAGAUUCGAAAGCGCAAUGUUCUAUAAUCAAACUCCUAAACUAGACCCUGAUGUAACACCACCAUCUCCGUCUCCUCCUUCCUCCGUAGGUACUUGUCAUUGUUAG